UCACCCCUAGCUUGAGGCAUGCUCCCUUUCCGUGAAAUGACUUUUGACCAAUCGGGGUCGGGGAUCUGUCGCUAAAACCCACGCUGAGAAUCAGGGGCGGUGAGACCCACCGUCGCCGUGAGUGAGUGCUGAUUCCGGGGUUGAACGGGGCAGCCUCGCUCGCUCCGCGCUCCACUGGUAACUGAAGCUUAUAAACCUCGGGCUCGCCGACAUCUCUGCGGAGAGUAGAGGGGUUGGGUGAGAGAAGCAGAUGCUUUUGUCGGGCAUGGUGGGGAGCAGGCGUCGGGAGCUGCAGGAGAGGGACCGGAGGCGGCGGGAGGAGGAGGAGAGCGCGUGGCGGGAGGAGCGGGAGCGGGAGAGAAGGGAGGCGGCGGCGGAGAAGGAGAAGGGGAAGGGGAAGGAGAGGGAGGGGGAGAAUGGCGGAGAAGGCGGCAAGUUCGGUCAGCAAUUCGCCAGGGUGUUCCUGCCGCAGCUGUACGGGGAUAGAUUGAAAAUUCCACCAUCAUUCAACCAGUACCUUCAGAAUCAGCCUACUGGACUGGUUUCCCUAAAAGGUCAAAGUGGCAACACAUGGCGUGCAGAGCUGGCUUCAGACAAUGAAGGAUUCUUCUUUGUGAAGGGAUGGAAGGAAUUUGUUAGAGACCAUUCAAUUGAGACGGGUCACUUCUUAACGUUCCGUUAUGAUGGACGCUCACAAUUCUCAGUGGUUAUCUUUGAUGGAAUGUGCAUUGAGAAGCCUUCAGCUUUUCAUGCUAAGCCUUGCAAGAAUCUGGUUGUUAAACUAGAAAGUGGUAAAGGGGACAUGGACAUCAAUGCAGCUGAUCCAUCACAAGUAUCGGCUGCGCCCUUGGGGGAGAGUAAUGAAGCCACAAUGAAGAGGGUUACAGAAAUGGAUGCAGAUGGCUCUACAUCGAAGAAGCGCUCUAGUAUCUUGGAAAAUGGUAUGCCUGAAGCUUCGGCUGUUGCAUGUAAUGUGGCACCAACGAGCCUUAACAUGGACAUAAAUGCAGCUGACCCACCAGAGGCAGUGGUUGUUCCCUUAGAAGAGGGCAAUCGAACCACUAGGAAGAGGGUUAGAGAAACCGAUGCAAAUGACUCUGCAUUGCGGAAGUUCUUGAGGGUUAGAGAAACCCAUGCAAAUGACUCUGCAUUGCAAAAGUCCUCGAGGGUUAGAGAAAUUAAAUUAGAAAGUGGUAAAGGGGACAUGGACAUCAAUGCAGCUGAUCCAUCACAAGUAUCGGCUGCGCCCUUGGAGGAGAGUAAUGAAGCCACAGUGAAGAGGGUUACAGAAAUGGAUGCAAAUGGCUCUACAUCGAAGAAGCGCUCUAGUAUCUUGGAAAAUGGUAUGUCUGAAGCUUCGGCUGUUACAUGUAAGGUGGCACCAACGAGCCUUAAAAUGGACCUGAAUGCAGCGGACCCACCAGAGGCAGUGGUUGUUCCCUUAGAAGAGGGCAAUCGAACCACUAGGGAGAGGGUUAGAGAAACCGAUGCAAAUGACUCUGCAUUGCGGAAGUCCUUGAGGGUUAGAGAAACCGAUGCAAAUGACUCUGCAUUGCAUAAGUCCUCGAGGGUUAGAGAAAUUGAUGCAAAUGACUCUGCAUUGCAGAAGUCCUUGAGGGUUAGAGAAAUCGAUGCAAAUGACUCUGCAUUGCAGAAGUCCUUGUGGGUUAGAGAUAUCGAUGCAAAUGGCUCUGUAUUGCAAAAGUCCUCUAUUGCCUUAGACAAGGAUAAGAAAAGGUGUCCUGCAGCUUCAGUCGGUACUUACAAGUCAGCUUCAACAAGUCUUGACAGUACUGAAGAUUCUGAUUCCUCAAGCAGCAUGUUAGAACAAAGUAUCUCUUGCAUCAAGUCUGAAUUGACAUCACCCAUUCGGCUCGGAGUGAGCAAGGAUGCUGCUAGACGGGGUAACAAUAGCGCGACGGGUAAGAGACAACUAAAAGUAAUAUCACAAAGGCCACGGAUAACUGAAAUACAGAAGGACAAUACUCUGCUGAGGGCAAAGCAAUUUAAAUCCAAGAAUCCUUUCGGUCUUCAGAUAAUGAAGGAGUCUUAUGUAUAUGUUGGGUUUUUCUUGAAUCUACCCUGUGAAUUUGUAAGGGAGUGUCUUCCCCGUGCCAACAGGAAGUUAAAGCUCUGGAAUCCGCAAGGAAAGUUUUGGGAUGUUAACUAUGUCUUCAACAGCAAACGCUCUGUUGGCGCUUUGAGUGGUGGCUGGGGCAAGUUUUCUCUAGACAAUAAUCUGGAGAAGUUCGAUGUGUGCGUCUUCGAGCUCUUUUCGAAGGACAACAUAAAAGUAUACAUCUACAGAGUCGUCCCAGAAAUAACCCCAUUCCUCCCUGGCCCUGGCAAGAAAUAACAGUCAUGUGCACAUGUCGAGGCAGUGUCCUCUUCCAUUAUCUGAAAAAAUUGUCGGGGGUCUGUCUGCAAUUCCACCGAUCCAUGGGCUCUAGAAGGCAAUAAGAACACAAUAUUCAAUUAUUGGUGACAUUUAAAACAAAAUAAUUGACCCUCUGAUAAAUGUAGCUAUGUUCUUAUUGGAUUGUUGAGUAAAUCGGCUAGCCCCAGUUGUGUCUGUUUGAGAAUAAUCGUGCCAUUUGUAAUUCUGCAUUAUUUGAACAGACUGUUAUUUCUACUAGGUUGAA